CCAUAUGUUUUUCUCCUAGCUGUAAAUUCGUAGCAUCUCAGUGCAAAAUGACAUCACUGAUCUACUGUCUUUUCCUUUCAUUAAUGAAACGACAAGGCGAUAGCCCAGCCACUCACAGAAUCCCUCCCUCUGCUCUUCUCUUUUCCACACACCGCACAGAUCCCAGCAACGCAAGCGCAGUAAAGCCACCCCUAAGAGCAGCUUCGGUACUUCAUUACGGCUUCACUGGAAAGGAGGAUUCAAACUUCCGGUAGUGUCAUGGCGGCAUGGUAGUGUCUGCUAAAAAGAAAAAAAAAUAGCCAACCCCCACCGCCCAGUCCCGACAGCGGUUUCAUAGAAUUAACGGGUUGAAAAUACGAAAAAAGGCACUAUCCUUGUUGGGAUUGCAAGUAGCCCAUCGCGGCUUCCAUCCGGCCGGCCAUGGCGGCGCACAAACCCGUGGAAUGGGUUCAGGCCGUAAUUAAUAGAUUCGACGAGCAGCUUCCGGUCAAAACUGGACAGCAGAGCACCCACACCAAAGUCAGCACAGAGCACAACAAGGAAUGUCUGAUCAACAUCUCCAAGUACAAGUUCUCUCUGGUGAUCAGCGGCCUCACCAACAUCCUGAAGAAUGUGAACAACAUGAGAAUAUUUGGGGAAGCCGCAGAGAAAAACCUGUAUCUCUCUCAGCUCAUCAUCUUGGACACACUGGAGAAGUGCCUGGCAGGGCAACCCAAGGACUGCAUGCGGCUGGACGAGACCAUGCUGGUGAAGCAGCUGCUGCCGGAGAUCUGCCACUUCAUCCACACGUACCGCGAGGGGAACCAGCACGCGGCCGAGCUGCGUGCCUCCGCGUCCGGCGUCCUCUUCUCCCUCAGCUGCAACAACUUCAGCGCCGUCUUCAGCCGCAUCUCCACCAGGUUGCAGGAGCUCACGGUCUGCUCGGAGGACACGGUGGACGUGCACGACAUCGAGCUCAUACAGUACAUCAACGUGGACUGUGCCAAGCUGAAGAGGCUGCUCCAGGAAACGGUCUUUAAAUUCAAAGCACUGAAGAAGCCAGCACAGCUCAGCGUCAUCAACAGUUUGGAAAAGGCCUUCUGGAACUGGGUGGAGAACUACCCGGAUGAGUUCACCAUGCUGUACCAGCGGCCACAGUUGGACAUGGCGGACUGCGCGGAGAAGCUGUUCGACCUGGUGGACAGCUUCGCGGAGAGCGCCAAGCGGAAGGCGGCGGUCUGGCCGCUGCAGAUCAUCCUGCUCAUCCUGUGCCCCAACAUCACGCAGGACAUCUCCCGGGAGACGGUGGAGGAGAGCAAGGUCAACAAGAAGCUGUUCCUGGAGAACCUGCGGAAGGCGCUGCAGGGCCACGGGUGCAGCAAGCAGCUGACGGAGAGCGCGGCCAUCGCCUGCGUCAAGCUGUGCAAGGCCUCCACCUACAUCAACUGGGAGGACCACUCCGUCAUCUUCCUCCUGGUGCAGUCCAUCGUCGUGGACCUCAAGGCACUGCUCUUCAACCCAGCCAAACCCUUCUCACGCGGGGCGGGCAGCCAGAGCGCGGACGUGGACCUCAUGAUCGACUGUUUCGUUUCCUGUUUCCGCAUCAACCCUCACAACAACCAGCACUUUAAGGUGUGUCUGGCCUCCUCGUCCCCGCCCACCUUCCACUUUGUCCUGGUCAACUCCCUGCACCGGAUCAUCACUAAUUCUCCCCUGGACUGGUGGCCCAAGAUUGACGCGGUGUACACGUACUCCGGCGAGCUGCGCACUAUGUUCUCAGAGACGCUGGGCCGCGUGAUGCAGGGGUACAGCACACACCCCCCCCUGCGCAUGACACCGAGUCUCACCUUUAAAGAGAAAAUGACCAGCCUUAAAUUCAAAGAGAAGACGACGGACCUGGACACCAGGAGCUACAAGUACCUGCUGCUGGCCAUAGUCAAGCUGAUCCACGCCGACCCCAAACUCAUGCUGCACAACCCCGGUAAGCAGGGCCAGGAGAUCCAGAGCAGCACAGUGGAGCUGAUCAUAGGCCUGGUUCAGCUGGUUCCUCUGGCCAGCAUGGGGGAGAUCGCUCAGGAGGCCAUGGAGGCUUUGUUAGUCUUACAUCAGCCGGAAAUCAUUGAGCUGUGGAAUCCAGACGCUCCCAUCGAGACCUUCUGGGACAUCAGCUCCCAGGUCCUGUUCUUCAUUUGUAAGAAGCUGAUUGGACACCAGAUGAUCAACAGCACAGAGAUUCUCAAGUGGCUGCGGGAGAUCCUCAUCUGCAGGAACAAAUUCCUUCUCAGGAACAAGGAGAGCGCCACCAUGGGAAGCGGGAUCCCCAUCUGCAGGCAGGCGCAGACCAAGCUGGAGGUCUGCCUCUACAUGUUCCUGUGGAGCCCCGACAUGGAGGCCGUGCUGGUGGCCAUGUCCUGCUUCCGCCACCUGUGCGAGGAAGCGGACAUCCGCUGCGGCGUGGACGAGGUGCCCGUCCAGACCAUCCUGCCCAACUACAACACCUUCAUCGAGUUCGCCUCCGUCAGCAACAUGAUGUCCACAGGUCGCACCGCCCUGCAGAAGCGAGUGAUGGCGCUGCUGAGGAGGAUAGAGCACCCCACCGCUGGAAACACCGAGGCCUGGGAGGACACACAUGCAAAGUGGGAGCAUGCCACUAAAUUAAUUCUUAAUCAUCCAAAGACCAAAAUCGAGGAUGGGCAGGAGUGGAUCAACAUGACGGGCUUCCUGUGCGCCCUGGGCGGCGUGUGCCUGCAGCAGCGUAGCAUGCCCGGCCUGGCCACCUACAGCCCGCCCAUGGGCCCCCUGAGCGAGCGCAAGGGCUCCAUGGUGUCCAUGGGCUCCGGCGAGGGCAACGUGGACACGCCCCUCAGCAAGUUCCUGGACCGGCUGCUGUCGCUCAUGGUGUGCAGCCACGAGAAGGGCCUGCAGAUCCGCACCAACGUCAAGGACCUGGUGGGGCUGGAGCUGAGCCCCGCCCUCUACCCCAUGCUCUUCAACAAGCUGAAGAACAGCAUCAGCCGCUUCUUCGACGCGCAGGGCCCGGUGCCCAUAAAUGACACCAACACUCAGUUUGUGGAGCAGACCAUCGCCAUCAUGAAGAACCUGCUGGAUAACCACACGGAGGGCAGCUCUGAGCACCUGGGGCAGGCCAGCAUUGAGACCAUGAUGCUCAACCUGGUCAGGUACGUGCGCAUCUUGGGAAACAUGGUGCACGCCAUCCAGAUCAAGACCAAGCUGUGCCAGCUGGUGGAGGUGAUGAUGGAGCGCAGGGACGACCUCUCCUUCUGCCAGGAGAUGAAGUUCAGGAAUAAGAUGGUGGAGUACCUGACGGACUGGGUGAUGGGGACGUCCAACCAGGCGGCGGACGAUAACGUGAAGUGCCUGACGCGGGACCUGGACCAGGCCAGCAUGGAGGCGGUGGUGUCGCUGCUGGCCGGGCUGCCCCUCCAGCCAGAGGAGGGCGACGGCGUGGAGCUGAUGGAGGCCAAGUCCCAGCUCUUCCUCAAGUACUUCACCCUGUUCAUGAACCUGCUGAACGACUGCAGCGAGGUGGAGGACGACGGGCAGCAGGUGGGCGGGCGCAAGCGGGGCAUGUCCCGCCGCCUGGCGUCCCUGCGCCACUGCACCGUGCUGGCCAUGUCCAACCUGCUCAACGCCAACGUGGACAGCGGCCUCAUGCACUCCAUCGGCCUGGGCUACCACAAGGACCUCCAGACCCGAGCCACCUUCAUGGAGGUGCUGACCAAAAUCCUGCAGCAGGGCACGGAGUUCGACACGCUGGCCGAGACCGUCCUGGCCGACCGCUUCGAGAGGCUGGUGGAGCUGGUCACCAUGAUGGGGGACCAGGGAGAGCUGCCCAUCGCCAUGGCGCUGGCCAAUGUGGUGCCUUGCUCUCAGUGGGACGAGCUGGCCCGGGUGCUGGUGACCCUCUUCGACUCCCGCCACCUGCUGUACCAGCUGCUGUGGAACAUGUUCUCCAAGGAAGUGGAGCUGGCCGACUCCAUGCAGACGCUGUUCAGAGGAAACAGCCUGGCCAGUAAAAUCAUGACCUUCUGUUUCAAGGUGUAUGGCGCCACCUACCUGCAGAAGCUGCUGGAGCCCCUGCUCAGAGGGGUCAUCACGGCCCCCGAGUGGCAGAUGAUCAGCUUCGAGGUGGACCCCACCAGGCUGGAGCCGACGGAGAUCCUGGAGGACAACCAGCGCAACCUGCUGCAGAUCACCAACCGCUUCUUCCUGGCCAUCAUCAACUCCUCCAGCGAGUUCCCGCCGCAGCUGCGCAGCGUGUGCCACUGCCUGUUCCAGGCAACUUGCCACUCUCUACUGAAUAAAGCGACAGUUAAGGAAAAAAAGGAAAGCAAAAAAUCAGUGGUCAGCCAGCGCUUUCCUCAGAACAGCAUCGGCGCCGUGGGCAGCGCCAUGUUCCUGCGCUUCAUCAACCCCGCCAUCGUCUCGCCGUACGAGGCCGGCAUCCUGGACAAGAAGCCGCCGCCCCGCAUCGAGAGGGGCCUCAAGCUCAUGUCCAAAAUUCUGCAGAGCAUCGCCAAUCACGUCUUGUUUACCAAGGAGGAGCACAUGAGGCCGUUCAACGACUUCGUGAAGAGCAACUUCGAUGCGGCGCGACGGUUUUUCCUGGACAUCGCCUCCGACUGCCCGGCCAGCGACUCGGUCAACCACAGCCUGUCCUUCAUCAGCGACGGCAACGUGCUGGCCCUCCACCGCCUGCUUUGGAACAACCAGGAGAAGAUCGGACAGUACCUGUCCAGCAACCGGGACCACAAGGCUGUGGGCAGGAGGCCGUUCGACAAGAUGGCCACGCUCCUGGCUUACCUGGGGCCCCCGGAACACAAGCCCGUCGCCGACACGCACUGGUCCAGCCUCAACCUCACCAGCUCCAAGUUCGAGGAGUUCAUGACCAGGCACCAGGUCCACGAAAAAGAGGAAUUCAAAGCUCUCAAGACUCUUAACAUCUUCUACCAGGCUGGGACCUCCAAGAACGGGAACCCUGUCUUCUACUACAUCACGCGCAGGUUUAAGACGGGCCAGAUCAACGGCGACCUGCUCAUCUACCACGUGCUGCUCACCCUGAAGCCCUACUACGCCAAGCCCUACGAGAUCGUGGUCGACCUGACCCACGCCGGGCCCAGCAACCGCUUCAAGACCGACUUCCUGUCCAAGUGGUUCGUGGUGUUCCCGGGCUUCGCCUACGAGAACGUGGCGGCCAUCUACAUCUACAACUGCAACUCGUGGGUGCGGGAGUACACCAAGUACCACGAGCGUCUGCUCACGGGCCUCAAGGGCAGCAAGAAGCUGCUGUUCAUCGACUCCCCGGCCCGGCUGGCCGAGCACGUGGAGCCCGACCAGCAGAAGCUGCCCGCCGCCACGCUGGCCCUGGAGGAGGACCUCAAGGUGUUCCACAACGCCCUCAAGCUGGCCCACAAGGACACCAAGGUCUCCAUCAAGGUGGGCUCCACGGCCGUGCAGGUGACGUCGGCGGAGCGCACGCGCGUCCUGGGCCAGUCCGUCUUCCUCAACGACAUCUACUACGCCUCGGAGAUCGAGGAGAUCUGCCUGGUGGACGAGAACCAGUUCACCCUGACCAUCGCCAACCAGGGCACGCCGCUCACCUUCAUGCACCAGGAGUGCGAGGCCAUCGUCCACUCCAUCAUCCACAUCCGCACGCGCUGGGAGCUGUCCCAGCCCGACUCCAUCCCCCAGCACACCAAAAUCCGCCCCAAAGACGUGCCCGGCACCCUGCUCAACAUCGCCCUGCUCAACCUGGGCAGCUCCGACCCCAGCCUCAGGUCCGCGGCCUACAACCUGCUCUGCGCCCUCACCUGCACCUUCAACCUGAAGAUCGAGGGCCAGCUGCUGGAGACGUCCGGCCUGUGCAUCCCGGCCAACAACACGCUCUUCAUCGUCUCCAUCAGCAAGACGCUGGCGGCCAACGAGCCGCACCUCACGCUGGAGUUCCUGGAGGAGUGCAUCUCCGGCUUCAGCAAGUCCAGUAUCGAGCUCAAGCACCUGUGCCUGGAGUACAUGACGCCCUGGCUGCUCAACCUGGUGCGCUUCUGCAAGCACAACGACGACGCCAAGCGCCAGCGCGUCACCGCCAUCCUGGACAAGCUCAUCACCAUGACCAUCAACGAGAAGCAGAUGUACCCCUCCAUCCAGGCCAAGAUCUGGGGCAGCCUGGGACAGAUAACGGACCUGCUGGACGUGGUGCUGGACAGCUUCAUCAAGACCAGCGCCACCGGCGGCCUGGGCUCCAUCAAGGCGGAGGUGAUGGCGGACACCGCCGUGGCGCUGGCGUCGGGCAACGUCAAGCUGGUGUCCAGCAAGGUGAUCAUCAGGAUGUGCAAGAUCAUCGACAAGACGUGCCUGUCGCCCACGCCCACGCUGGAGCAGCACCUGAUGUGGGACGACAUCGCCAUCCUGGCCCGCUACAUGCUCAUGCUCUCCUUCAACAACUCGCUGGACGUGGCCACCCACCUGCCCUACCUCUUCCACGUGGUGACCCUGCUGGUGGCCACGGGGCCCCUCUCGCUGCGCGCCUCCACCCACGGCCUGGUCAUCAACAUCAUCCACUCGCUCUGCACCUGCUCCCAGCUCAACUUCAGCGAGGAGACGAAGCAGGUCCUGAGGCUCAGCCUGACCGAGUUCUCCCUGCCCAAAUUCUACCUGCUCUUCGGCAUCAGCAAGGUCAAGUCCGCCGCGGUCAUCGCCUUCCGCUCCAGCUACCGCGACCGCUCCUUCUCCCCGGGGUCGUACGAGAGGGAGACCUUCGCCCUGUCCUCGCUGGAGACCGUCACCGAGGCUCUUCUGGAGAUAAUGGAGGCCUGCAUGAGAGACAUCCCAUCAUGCAAGUGGCUUGACCAGUGGACGGAGCUGGCACAAAAGUUUGCGUUCCAGUACAAUCCGUCCCUGCAGCCGAGGGCCCUGGUGGUGUUCGGGUGCAUCAGCAAGCGCGUGUCGCACGGGCAGAUCAAGCAGAUCAUCCGCAUCCUCAGCAAGGCAAGUCCUCUGCUCAGCAUCGACCGGGGUCUAGAGAGCUGCCUAAAGGGCCCAGAUAAUUACAACAGCCAGGUGCUAAUAGAGGCCACUGUCAUUGCCCUGACUAAACUGCAGCCGCUUCUCAACAAGGACUCCCCCAUGCACAAGGCCCUGUUCUGGGUGGCAGUGGCGGUGCUGCAGCUGGACGAGGUCAACCUGUACUCAGCCGGGACGGCCCUGCUGGAACAGAACCUGCACACCCUGGACAGCCUGCGUGCCUUUAACGACAAGAGCCCGGAGGAGGUCUUCAUGGAGAUCCGGAAGCCGCUGGAGUGGCACUGCAAGCAGAUGGAUCACUUUGUGGGCCUCAACUUCAACUCCAACUUCAACUUUGCACUAGUGGGCCACCUGCUGAAAGGGUACCGGCACCCCUCCCCCACCACGGUGGCCCGGACGGUGCGCAUCCUCCACACGCUGCUGGCGCUGGUGGGGAAGCACUUGAACUGCGACAAGUUCGAGGUGAACACGCAGAGCGUGGCGUACCUGGCAGCUCUGCUCACCGUCUCAGAGGAGGUGCGCAGCCGCUGCAGCCUGAAGCACAGGAAGUCGCUGCUGCUCUCCGAGGUUGCCAUGGAGAAUGUUCCCAUGGACACGUACUCAGUGCAUCCCAACGACCCCAGCUGCAGGACUCUGCGCGAGAGCCAGCCCUGGGCGUCGCCCAAAGUGUCGGAGCGAUACCUGGCGGCUCACUAUCCCACGGUGGGCCAGAUAAGCCCUCGCACGCGCAAGUCCAUGAGCCUGGACAUGGGCCAGCCCUCCCAAGCCAACACCAAGAAACUGCUGGGCACGAGGAAGAGUUUCGACCACUUGAUAUCGGACACGAAAGCACCAAAGAGGCCAGAGAUGGAAUCUGGCAUCACCACGCCCCCCAAGAUGCGGAGAGUGGCCGAGUACGAUCCUGAUAUAGAGACCCAAAGAAUAGCCAAUUCACAGCACCACCACCUGCGCAAGGUGUCCGUGUCGGAGUCCAACGUGCUGCUGGACGAGGAGGUUCUCACGGACCCCAAGAUCCAGGCGCUGCUUCUUACCGUCUUGGCCACGUUGGUGAAAAACACAACAGAUGAAUUUGACCAGAGGAUCCUCUAUGAGUUUUUAGCUGAAGCUAGUGUUGUCUUCCCAAAGGUCUUUCCAGUUGUCCACAACCUACUGGACUCGAAGAUAAAUACCCUUCUAUCACUGUGCCAAGACCCCAAUCUCCUGAACCCCAUCCACGGCAUCGUGCAGAGUGUGGUGUACCACGAGGAGUCCCCUCCCCAGUACCAGCCUUCAUACCUGCAGAGCUUCGGGUUCAACGGGUUGUGGAGGUUCGCCGGGCCCUUCUCAAAGCAAACUCAGAUCCCCGACUACGCAGAGCUGAUUGUGAAAUUUUUGGACGCUUUGAUUGACACCUACCUGCCGGGGAUUGAUGAGGAGACCAGCGAAGAGUCGCUGCGGACGCCCACGUCGCCGUACCCGCCGCCCGUCCAGAGCCAGCUCAGCAUUACCGCCAACCUCAACCUCUCCAACUCCAUGACCUCACUCGCCACUUCUCAGCACUCCCCAGCUUCUUCUCUGCCUUGCUCUAAGUCUGCCGUUUUUGCGCCGCUCCUCGCCUGUCCAGGCAUCGAUAAGGAGAACGUGGAGCUGUCCCCCACCAGCGGGCACAGCAGCAGCGGGCGCACGCGGCACGGCUCUGCCAGCCAGGUGCAGAAGCAGCGCAGCGCGGGCAGCUUCAAGAGACCCAGCAUCAAGAAGAUCGUGUGAGGGGAGGAGCCAGAACAACCCCGCCCCCCUCCCCGGGCUCUGGCCCCUCCCACGCCAGUCGUCCUGCUGCAAAUUCUCUUCUGUCCCCUCC